AAAACCAGUCUGCUUACCUUCAAAAGAAGACAUGACUUAUACCACCUGCUGGGUGACUGGAUGGGGCUUCACUCAGGAAAAAGGUACAAUCCAAAACACUCUCCAGAAGGUCAGAAUUCCCCUAGUGCCUAUGGAAGAAUGUCAGAAAAAAUACAUUCAACAUAAAGUAACUAAUCAGAUGGUCUGUGCUGGUGGUAAAGAUGCUUGUAAGGGAGAUUCAGGUGGCCCCCUGUCCUGUUACCAAAAUGGAGUAUGGCAACUAGUUGGCAUCACCAGCUGGGGAGAUGGUUGUGCUAAAAAGGAUCACCCGGGUGUUUAUAUCAAAGUGGCUGCAUAUGUGGAUUGGAUUUUAGAGAUCACACAAAACUGACCAGCUCUCCUUGAUGAAGCUAGCUGCU